AUGACAUCGGUCGGUGUACCAAUCAAGAUCUUGCAUGAAGCUGAAGGACAUGUGGUCACGCUUGAAACUGUUACAGGUGAAGUAUAUCGUGGUAAACUUCUUGAAGCCGAAGACAAUAUGAAUUGUCAAAUGGCCGAAGUUUGUGUAACUUUUCGAGACGGGCGAACUCAUCAACUUGAUAAUGUUUUUGUAAGAGGAAACAAGAUUCGCUUUAUGAUCCUUCCGGACAUGCUUAAAAAUGCUCCAAUGUUCAAAAAUAUCGGACGUGCACAGAAGGGAGCUAUUGGUAUGGGUAUGGGUGGCGACACUCGAGGAAGUGGUCGAGGUGCUAGAGGAACAUCGUUUCGCGCAAGGUAUGUGAUGUGUUUUGUCUGUUUCUGA